AUGAGGGCAGAUAGAAGACGGAGGAGACAGGUGAUAGCCGGAUAUGGAUUUCUCAAAGGUGUGGACUAUCUCGCCUGCCCCAUACAUGAUCAGCCAGCUCAAGCCGACGCAUGGAGCCGAAGAGACAAGCUCGAAAACGACAGACAGGCAUCUUCCUCUCACAAAGCGGCGAAAUGGAGAAUGCUGCCGACACCAAGCUCUGUGAUGCCUGGGGCACUCUCCAACCUAGGGGUAGCCCCACUCCAGCCACACGACCUACCCCAACGACUCCUACCACGCCCGCAGACCCACCGUACUGAAACACGAUCGCACAGGCAUCCAUGGCAAGUCCCUGCAAGGCCCCAACGAGGCAUUGGAUGAACUGCCAAAAGCGCUAUGCACAUCUGGUUCCAUGACCGGGAGACUUACACCACAACAUGAUACCGGAACCAUGAUCAACGACCUGCCGACCUGUCCAGAGAAGGACUCGAACCUGGGGGACCCCAGGGGAGAUUACAGCAAUGCAUAA